AUGACGUAUGCCCUAUCGCUAAUGCUGGUCGUGGUUUUGGUGAUGGAGGUGGGUUUCGACUUUAAUUUACUUCAAUCAUACUAUUCAUUCUUGUCUUUACGCCCUAUCCCAACUAAAACCACUAUCUGAUGACAGCAAAAAAGUCCGUGGAUUACAAAAAUAAAAUUUGUCUAAAAUGUCGCUCCAUACAGCUCCGGUCCUUUUUCAAUGACUAAAAGUUCGAGAAAGAGAUCAAAGAAACCAAAAUUUAAUAUCAAAAAGUAUCGCAGUGACGCAAAAAUCUUCUUUCUCAAAUUUUUACCACUAUAAAAGGACCGCCGUUGUACAUUUUUGCAUUUACUUUCCCUUGCGCAUCUUGAUGUACUUAAUCCAUCCUUUAAGAUUUUUGAUAACAUAUUCCAGCGUUAUCUAACUCCAAAAUUCAUUGAGUUAAGUCUGAUUUGUUUACUCUUUGCCAUCUCAUGGGAUUCCCCAAUUUAAUUUAUCCUAACCUAAACAAUCCGAAAGCAAUCUACAGUCACCAUAGGAACAUCGGAAACCCUGUAAUUACAUGUACCGGUUUCUUCGGACUUGUUUGUCAAAAAACUCGAUACGCAUCAAUAACAUGUACUUUCGGGCCGAAAAAAUAACUAAGUUAAUGAAUGGGGAAUGCUCGAGCUCUUCCUAGUAAUGAGGGGAAAGAGGUCGAAUGUCAGCGAUGGUAAUUUGGGUAUUUGCGGGAGAUUCGAGAUAACUCGGAAAUCACUGGUAGAAUAUUUCGUGGAAUCUCAAAUAUUCGAAAUCUAGACUGUUCCGAGGAAACGAGCUAAACGUCAGAGAACACGAAAAUGAGAAGUGGAAGAGGUAAAUCCUUUCACAUUCGAGAUACUUUUGCUGAAUUUGUCAUCAACUGAAAACAAAACAUUUGUCUUCCAAUCAUCUUAAACUAGCCAGAUGUCUAUCAGAACAGAAUAUAAUAUUCAUCUUUGAAUUUUUAAUAACCUAACCCCAUAUAAGUCCUCAUUCAAAUCAUACCAAGUCAUCCUCUCUAAUCAAAAGGCAUUUAUAAUUUACUAUAAACUAGAAAUCAUCAUUUUUAGAUGUGCCAUUCAGUACCGGAACAAGAUUUCUACAGAUCAGAGAACAGCAACGCCAUGCCGCUCUACAUGGAACGCCGUUUUUCCAAGUUCCGCGGCGAGCCCGUUCGAUUUGGGAAACGAGCCUACAGAGAACCCAUACGAUUUGGCAAACGUGCUUACAUGCCCAACAAUCAGAUCAGCAAUGGUGGCUAUGGACAGAACGCAGAGAAUUGA